AAUAAGAGGUCUCUGGCUCUGUGCCUCUUUCCUCACCUGAUGGUUUAAAAGUUGUGAGAAGUAACGAAGUGACCAGUUGAGACCUGGUCAGACCCUGAAGAGGAUGUUCCUGUUCCUGUUCUUCCUGGUGGCCAUCCUACCAGUCAACACUGAAGGAGGAGAGAUCAUAUGGGGUACAGAGUCCAAACCCCACUCCCGGCCCUACAUGGCAUCCUUAAUGUUUUAUUAUGGUAAUUCAUAUCGCCAUUACUGUGGUGGUUUCCUGGUGGCAAAAGACAUCGUAAUGACAGCAGCUCACUGUAAUGGAAGUAAUAUAAAAGUAACCUUAGGUGCUCACAAUAUCAAGAAACAAGAAAAAACCCAGGUCAUCGCUGUUGUAAAAGCCAAACCUCACGAGAACUAUGACAGACAUUCACGGUUUAAUGACAUCAUGCUCCUGAAGUUGGAACGCAAAGCUCAACUCAAUGGUGCUGUGAAGACGAUUGCCCUUCCUAGGAGCCAGGACUGGGUGAAACCUGGGCAGGUGUGCACAGUGGCAGGUUGGGGAUGCUUGGCCAAUUGUAGUUUGUCUAACACACUUCAAGAAGUGAAUCUAGAAGUUCAGGAAGGCCAGAAGUGUGAAGACAUGUCCAGAAACUACAACGACUCCAUCCAGCUUUGUGUGGGAAACCCCAGCGAGGGGAAGGCUACUGGUAAGGAAAAUGGAAGAGCUAAUUCUAGUUGGCCUGAAGGAAGGACACAGCCAAGCAGAGAUACACUAGUCAGGAGACUCAGGGGGUCCCUUUGUGUGCGAUGGAGUGGCCCAGGGCAUUGUCAGUUAUCGCUUGUGUACUGGGACACUUCCUCGAGUAUUCACCAGAAUCUCCAGCUUUAUACCGUGGAUUCAGAAAACAAUGAAACUCCUUCAACAAUCCUAGAACACAAAACCUGUGUCUGGGCCAAUGUCCAGCAUCCUGGGGUAUGGCUAUCUGAGUCUUAAUAAAGAAAUCUGUCUGCAGUAAA